CUGUCUCUGCUCUUUUUCUCUUUCGCCCUCUCAAUUCCUUUUCUCACUUUCUUUCUCAUUUCCUUCUUCUUUCUCUCUCUCAAACUCAUGGAACUCUCGCCAUUCCCCGUGACUCCAAUCCUGAAACCAAACGCUAACCCUUAAAAAUCAAGCAUUUUUUCCACCUGAUAAAGUGUUUUCCCACCCCUUUUUUCUUCCAGAUUAUUCUCUCAUGACUUCUCAUUCUCACCACGCCCUCUUCCUCUCUCUACAACCAUGCGAUCCCCACAGUCCCUCCGCAACGGCGAAACUCCAUCUCCCCAUCCUCGAAUCCCUCCUCACCACUUCCACUCCACCGUCUCCGCUCAGAAGCUCCGCCGUUUCAACACCGUGAUCCUCGUUUUCCGACUCGCUUCCUUCUGCUUCUCCCUCGCUGCCUUCGUUUUCAUGCUCACCAACUCCCGCGGCUCCAAUUCUCCCCAUUGGUACGAUUUUGACGCUUUCAGAUUCGUUGUUGUUGCAAAUGCCAUAGUCGCCCUGUACUCAUUGUUCGAAAUGGGCGCCUCUGUUUGGGAGAUUUCAAAAGGAGCCACAGUGUUUCCAGAAAUCCUACAGGUCUGGUUCGAUUUCAGCCAUGAUCAGGUGUUCGCGUACCUGUUGCUGUCGGCGGAUGCAGCGGGGACGGCGCUGGCCAGGACACUGAAGCGGACGGAGACGUGUACGGAUGAUAACGCGUUCUGCGUGCAGUCGGACAUCGCCAUCGCGUUGGGAUACGGUGGGUUUCUGUUCUUAGGGUUUUCGUCCCUGCUAUCGGGCUUCCGAGUCGUCUGUUUUAUAAUCAACGGCUCUCGUUUUCAUAUUUAGAAAUUGAGGAGAGGGAGAGGAAGAAUGGAGGAAUAUUUGGAUGCGGGAGGGUGUAUUUCUUUUGCUAUGUACCUCUUUGUACCCCUGUGUUUGGAAUUUGCAUCAUUUGGCGUUGGGUGUCAGUGUGACAGUGACUUACGUUUGAAUGUUCUGUGCAUAUGAUAUGAGAUGAGAGGGAGCUCGCUCUGUGUGUAUUCUUUUUAUUAUUCCUAAUCAUGUGUAUUGCUCACUAAUUACGAUUAAAUUAAUAUUAAUGAAGCCAUCUAAGCAGCUAUUGAUGAUUUGAUUUUGA